AUGAUUCUUAGCUAUUGUUUGAGGUCACGUGAGUUCAGACAUUCCGAGACAACAACAAUGGCGUCCAGUUUCUUUGUCCUUCUCGCCUGUCUGCUCUGCGUGCACGCAAGACCGAAUGGCUUUUUGGUUGAGAAUUUGGUGGCUGAUCCGACAAGUUGUGUGAAAGAUUCGGACUGUGAACACUAUGGGCUAUGUGUGAAUCGGCAGUGUUUGUGUGACAGACCGUGUCCGAUGAUUGUCCUCCCUAUUUGCGGCAGCGACGGGCGCACCUACCAAAACGAAUGCCUAAUGAAGGUGGCGUCUUGCAAAGAGAAGAAAACCAUAUUCGUAUUUGGCCAAGGCGCUUGUGAAUCAUGUGAGGACGACUCCGAUUGUUCAGACUACGGUCUCUGCAAUCAGCAAUAUCACUUGUGCUUCUGCGUCCGACCCUGCCCUGCGCCCAAUCCGGACAACAGCAGCACCGUGUGCGGCAGCGACGGCAACACUUACGGCGACUUGUGCGACAUGCAAGUCGAGGCUUGCAUGCGCCAUAAAAUGAUCACAGUCAUUCACGCAGGACCCUGCGAAUACUCAUCGUUUUUACGUCUAUUUUUUUAUCUAGAAUCGUGCAAGGACGACUCCGAUUGUUCCGACUACGGUCUCUGCAAUCAACAAUAUCACUUGUGCAUGUGCGCCAGAAGCUGCCCUCAGGGCUACACGGUGUGUGGCAGCGACGGCAGCACUUACGACAACCCGUGCGAGAUGCAAGUUGAAGCCUGCAUGCGCCGUGAAAUGAUCACAGUCAUCCAUGCAGGACCGUGCAUAAACUGCAAUAAGACCUCUGACUGUUCCGACUAUGGCGACUGUGACUUGAAGACUCAUCGAUGCUGGUGCAUUCGACCUUGCCCGCCGGCAAACAACAGUACUCGAAUCUGUGGCAGCGAUGGAAAAACGUACCCUAACACGUGCCAGAUGGAAAUCACUUCAUGCCAACAGCACCGUCUCGUCACGGUUGCUCACCAAGGACCCUGCCACAUAAACAGACAAACAACAGAAAAUCUCUUCGAGCCUGUAGCAGAACCGACGUACUGCGUAAUCGACUCUCAGUGCAUCGACUAUGGGCAAUGUGUGCAAAACUUCUGCGUCUGUGAACGAGUCUGUCCCGAGGUUUACAGCCCUGUGUGUGGCAACGACGGCCACACCUACUCAAGCCAAUGCGACAUGGAGGCGGCGUCGUGCAGUGAGCACAAGCUGAUUACCGUCUCUCAUGCUGGAGCAUGCUCGGAGCCAAACAUGUGCGUCACGGACUCCGACUGUGUGGACUAUGGACACUGUGUGGACAGCAAAUGUGUCUGUGAUCGCGUCUGUCCGGAGGUUUACAGCCCCGUGUGUGGCAGCGACGGCCACACUUACUCAAGCCUAUGCGAUAUGGAAGUGGCGUCGUGCAGCGAGCACAAGCUGCUCACCGUCUCUCAUGCUGGAGCAUGCUCGGAGCCAAAUACGUGCGCCACGGAAUCCGACUGUGCCAACUAUGGGGACUGUGUGGGCGGCAAAUGUGUCUGUGAUCGCGUCUGUCCGGAGAUUUACAGCCCUGUGUGCGGCAGCGACGGUCACACCUAUUCCAGCCUCUGCGACUUACAGGUCGAGUCGUGCGAGAAACAUACGAUGCUCUCGGUCGCUCACCAAGGAAGAUGCGAUGGAGAAGUUGUACUUGCAGCUGUGCCGAGUUGCUUGUCAGACGAAGACUGCGUUGAUUAUGGUCACUGUGUCAGCAGUCAGUGUGUCUGUGAUAAAGUUUGUCCAGAAGUUGUGCAGCCAGUGUGUGGCAGUGAUGGCCACACUUACUCCAGCAGGUGUGACUUGGAAGUGGCAUCUUGCAAGAGCCAUUUGAUGAUUACAGUGACACACGACGGAUCGUGUUCUGGACCCAGCGGUUGCACAACCAAUUCUGACUGCAGCGAUUACGGUCACUGUGUCGACCAACAAUGUGUCUGUGACCGCGUCUGUCCCGAUGUCUACAACCCCGUCUGCGGCAGCGACGGUCACACCUACGGAAGCCUGUGCGACCUACAAGUCGCCUCGUGCAGCGAGCACAAAUUUAUUAUCUCCACUCACAUGGGACCGUGCGUGCAACCCAAGGCCUGCUUUAAAGAUUCACAGUGUGCAGACUACGGACACUGCGAGAACAGGCUCUGCGUAUGCGACGCUUUCUGUCCGGAAGAGUACAAGCCAGUGUGCGGCAGUGACGGCCAUACGUACGCCAACGCCUGCGAAAUGCAGGUGACGUCUUGUCACGAACAGAAAAUGAUCAUCUCGGUACGCAGCGGACCUUGCGACCCCGAGCUCUGAAUGUUUGUCGAGGUGAGACCAGACUGACUUAAAUGCGAGAAUAGUGUUGCUCUGUCGUGCGUUCAGUGUGCUGCAUGGUCUAAACUAGUUUUGGUUAUGUUUUUGUAAUGUCAGCGCGUAUAUAUAUA